GUUCUCCUCCAUUUUUUCUUGCAACUUGAAGCUCCCCCAAGUUGAUCAGUAAAAAUGGCGAGAUGCAUGGUUGAUAGAGAUCAAGAGAUAGAGUCACCGAGAGUUGAGUUGGCUGAGAUAGGGAGAAGCAUUGCAUCAUCUUCUCGGCGUCAUACCUCAAGUUUUCGAAGCAGUUCAGGAUUGAGUUCUGCAAAGGGCGAUGCUGACGAUGAAUAUGGUUUACAUGAGCGGGCUGAAAUCGAGACGUUUGAGCGGAUAGGAUCAUCUUUGUUCGAUAAGGAUGAUGAUAAUGCCGACGCUGUUGAUGGCAGAGAGAAACAGAAACAGAUCGUGGUUGACGUUCCCAAGCUCGGAGAUCUAGAACGGCAUGUGUUCAUUGAGAAGCUCAUCAAACACGUUGAGGAUGACAACCUUCGCUUGUUGCAAAAUAUCAGAAACCGAACAGACAAAGUUGGUGUAGAACUGCCCACUGUGGAGGUAAGGUACAAGAACCUGCGUGUGGAAGCUGAGUGUGAGAUAGUUCAGGGCAAGGCCCUUCCAACUCUAUGGAAUUCUCUUCAAAGCAAGCUCUGUUACUUCACUAAGCUGCCAGGUUCAAAGUCACGUCAAGCCAAGAUCAGCAUCAUUAACGACGUUAGUGGUAUCAUAAAGCCUGGAAGGUUAACUCUGCUGCUUGGCCCACCAGGUUGUGGGAAGACCUCCCUUUUAAAGGCUCUGUCAGGGAAUCUAGACCAAUCUCUCAAGAUUGCUGGGGAAAUUUCUUAUAACGGACACAAACUAGAAGACUUUGUCCCCCAAAAGACCUCAACUUAUAUCAGCCAAAAUGAUGUCCACAUUCCUUACAUGACCGUGAGGGAAAUACUGGACUUUUCAGCUCGUUGUCAAGGUGUUGGAAGCCGGGCAGAGGUUAUGGCUGAAGUCAGUAAAAGGGAGAAAGAAGCCGGAAUUGUUCCAGAUCCAGAUAUAGAUACUUACAUGAAGGCGAUUUCUGUGGGAGGAUUAAAAGGAAGCCUUCAAACAGACUACAUACUAAAGAUCCUCGGACUUGAUAUUUGCGCUGACACUCUAGUUGGAGAUGCCAUGAGAAGAGGUAUCUCUGGUGGUCAGAAAAAGAGAUUGACUACCGGAGAGAUGAUUGUUGGUCCUACAAAAGCUCUGUUUAUGGAUGAAAUAACUGAUGGCUUAGAUAGUUCAACUGCCUUUCAAGUUGUUACUUGUCUUCAACAGCUGGUGCACAGCACAGAUGCUACUUCACUGGUUUCGCUUCUUCAGCCAGCACCAGAAAUCUUUGAUCUUUUUGAUGACCUCAUUUUAAUGGCAGAAGGAAAGAUUGUGUAUCAUGGUCCACGUGAUCAUGUUCUUGAGUAUUUUGAGGAUUGUGGUUUUAGGUGUCCUGAGAGGAAAGGGGUUGCUGAUUUUAUACAAGAGGUAAUCUCUAGGAAAGAUCAAGCACAGUACUGGUCUCAGACGGAUGUUCCUUAUGGUUAUAUUCCAAAUGAUAUCUUCUCUAAAAAGUUCAAUGAGUCUCCUUAUGGAAAGAAGCUGGAUGAGGAUCUCUCAGAGCCAUAUGAUACGUCCCAAAGCAAUCAGAAUGCUCUUUCCUUUAGUCCAUACUCUCUUUCCAAAUGGGAACUUUUUAGAGCCUGUGUGUCAAGGGAACUUCUUCUAAUGAAAAGAAAUUCUUUUAUCUAUAUAUUUAAAACAAUUCAGCUUGUCAUCAUUGCAUGUAUCACAAUGACUGUAUUCUUGCGGACUCAAAUGGAUGUUGAUGUUCUUCAUGCAAAUUCCUAUAUGGGUGCCCUAUUUUAUGCUCUUCUCAUCAUUUUUGUUGAUGGGAUCCCAGAGUUGUCUAUGACGAAUCAAAUGCUUGAAAUAUUCUACAAACAGAAGGCAUUGUAUUUUUACCCAGCUUGGGCUUAUGCGGUUCCUGCAUGUAUAUUAAAAAUUCCACUUUCCUUUGUGCAAUCACUGGUUUGGACGACUUUUACUUAUUAUGUUAUUGGAUAUAGUCCAGAGGCCCAGAGGUUCUUCCGCCAGUUCAUUCUACUUUUUGCGGUGCACUUAUCUUCAGUGUCCAUGUUCCGCUUCCUGGCCUCAGUCCUCCGGACUAUUAAUGCUGCCUUUGCAGCUGCUAGUUAUGCAGCAUUACUACUAUUGUCACUCUGUGGCUUUAUUAUCACUCCUUCUGCUAUGCCUGUCUGGUUGAGGUGGGGUUUUUGGGUUUCUCCCCUGACAUAUGGACAGAUUGGCCUUUCUUUAAAUGAGUUUCUUGCCCCAAGAUGGCAAAAGAUGUUAUCCACAGGCACCACGAUAGGAAGAGAAACACUUGAAAGCCGUGGACUAAACUUUGACGGAGAUCUUUAUUGGAUAUCACUUGGGGCCCUAUUUGGGUUUGCAAUUGUUUUCAACUUUGGAUAUAUCUUGGCAUUAAGUUUCUUGAAGCCUCCUGGAUCAUCCCAUGUUAUUAUUUCGCAUGAAAAGCUCUCCAAAGUACCGGGAAGUGAAGAUUCAUGCGCCAGUGCCCAUGUAGAGGAAAAGUAUAGAAAUUCUCCUCUACAGGGUAAUAUAGGACCUAAGAAGGGUAGGACGGUCUUACCUUUUACACCCUUAACAGUAGCAUUUCAAGAUGUCCAAUACUAUGUGAACACCCCAUUGGAAAUGAGAGAACGGGGAUACACUAGCAAAAAGCUUCAACUUCUUUCUGAUAUUACAGGUGCAUUAAGGCCUGGUGUUCUAACGGCAUUGAUGGGUGUCAGUGGAGCAGGAAAAACAACUCUUCUAGAUGUUCUAGCUGGAAGAAAGACCUGUGGUUAUAUCCAAGGGGAAAUAAAGAUUGGAGGGUAUCCCAAGGUUCAAGAAACGUUUGCUAGGAUUUCUGGUUACUGUGAGCAAACGGAUAUACAUUCUCCUCAACUAACUGUAGAAGAAUCAGUCAUAUUUUCUGCUUGGCUACGUUUAACUGCUGAAGUAGACCCAAAAACUAAAGCUGAAUUUGUGGACGAAGUCCUGGAGACCAUUGAGCUUGAUGAAAUAAAGGAUGCCUUAGUAGGUGUAACUGGGGCUACCGGUCUAUCAACCGAGCAGCGCAAGCGGCUGACAAUAGCUGUGGAGCUUGUUGCUAAUCCCUCUAUUAUCUUCAUGGAUGAGCCAACAACCAGUUUGGAUGCCAGAGCGGCUGCAAUUGUCAUGCGAGCAGUGAAAAAUGUUGCUGAUACAGGAAGAACAAUUGUUUGUACCAUCCACCAACCUAGUAUUCACAUAUUUGAAACAUUUGAUGAGUUAAUCCUUCUAAAAACUGGAGGCCACAUUAUAUACUCUGGAUCAUUGGGGCAGCAUUCAAGCAGGGUUAUAGAAUAUUUUGAGGGCAUUCCAGGAAUUCCUAAGAUUAGAGAGAAUUAUAAUCCAUCGACAUGGAUGUUAGAGGUCAGCUCUGCAUCGGCAGAAGCUGAACUUGGUGUAGAUUUUGCCCAGAAAUACAGGGAAUCUACAUUAUAUGAGAACAAUAAAAAAAUUGUAAGGCAGUUAAGUAGCCCACCUCCUGGUUCAACAGAUCUUCACUUUGCUACCUGCUUUUCACAAAAUGGUUGGGGACAAGUCAAAUCUUGCCUAUGGAAACAGCAUUUGGCUUAUUGGAGGAAUCCUGCAUACAACUUGAUGCGUAUCAUGUAUACACUUGUAUGUGCUUUACUUUAUGGGGGACUAUAUUGGAAUCAAGGGAAAAAAUUAAAUAACCAGCAGAACUUAUUCAAUAUAUUUGGUUCAAUGUAUGCUACCGUGGUCUACGUGGGCAUACAUAACUCCACGGCAGUCCUGCCAUAUGUAGCAGCAGAGCGAACUGUUAUGUACAGGGAAAGAUUUGCAGGGAUGUACUCUUCAUGGGCUUAUUCACUUGCACAGGUGCUAGUGGAAGUUCCCUACCUUUUCACUGAAACUGCGAUAUUUGUCAUAGUCACAUAUCCAAUGAUUGGAUAUUAUGGGUCAGCUUGUAAGGUUUUCUGGUACUUCUAUGUAAUAUUCUUUUCACUGCUGUACUUCAAUUAUCUAGGGAUGCUACUCGUCUCAUUGACACCAAACUUCACCGUAGCUGCAAUUUUGAACCCGGCCUUCAACACAUUAUUCAACCUGUUUUCUGGUUUUCCAAUGCCUAAACCAAAAAUUCCAAAGUGGUGGAUCUGGUUGUAUUAUCUGACUCCUACAUCUUGGUCGCUGAAUGGCUUGCUUACUUCACAAUAUGGAGAUAUAGAUAAGGACAUCAUGGUAUUUGGAGAAAAUAAAACGGUGCCUGAUUUCUUAACAGAUUACUUUGGGUUUCACCAUGAUCACUUGGCUCUUGUGGCAGUUGUUCUCAUUGCCUUCCCCCUUACUUUUGCUUUCUUGUUUGCAUACUUUAUAGGACGGCUGAACUUCCAGCAUAGGUAAACCCUUUCUUUCUUUCCAUGGAGCUUGGAGAUGUUAUGUUGUGCCUGUAGACCCUACCUUUCCAACAAUGUUUGCAUAUGAUAGGCAUCUUCUAGAGAGAAACAACAAGCAUUGCCCAUGAACUGCCAUGCCAUGAUGCUAUGUCUUGUUACUUGAUACUGCCUUUCCAACAAUGUUUCAUUUCUUUCUCUCUUUUUCUCUCCUUUUUUCUUUUGCUCAUGAAUUCAUUGAUUCUGAGUGAUAAGGUGGUGAUAAGGUGCUGGGAUAUUGGCCCUCCAUUGUUUCAUUCCUUGUGUGAUAGGCUGUAACUCAUGCGUUUUAGGUACAGUAAAACUUGCUUAUUCUCCAAGAAAAACCCUUUGAUUUGUUCAACUGAAACGAACAUAUUCUUGCUGCUUUAUGUGUUCAACUUCUUGGUAAAGAA